CGGGCUGUGGCYGGAGCGGGACCGGGACCGGGAUCKGYGGCCAUGGCGCUGCGGGGCGGCGGGCGCUGGGCGCGCCUGGGCUCUGCGCUGCGAGGCCGCAGCUCGGGGCCGCGGGACAUCGGGGACACCCCGCAGCACCGCGACCUGCGGGAGACCCUCAGGAAGAUCAUUGACAAGGAGAUUAAUCCCUUUGUGGACAAGUGGGAAGAAGAAGGACAGUUCCCAGCACAUAARGUGUUUAAAAUCCUGGGGCAGGCUGGAUUCCUUGGUGUGGAUAAGCCGACAGAAUAUGGCGGCAUGGGCUUGGACUUCUCCUACAAUAUUGCAGUGGCAGAAGAGCUGGGAAAUAUCCGCUGUGCAGGUAUUCCUAUGGCUAUUGGAGUGCAAGCUGGCAUGGCUACUCCUGCUCUUACAAGGUUUGGUUCUCAUGAGUUGAAAAAACAGUUCCUCGUACCCACUAUAGCUGGUGAUGUUGUGGCUUGCUUGGGAAUCAGUGAAGCUGGAGCUGGGUCAGAUGUCGCAAAUAUCAAGACAACAGCUGUGAGAAAGGGCGAUGAAUAUGUCAUAAACGGUGGUAAGAUGUGGAUCACGUCYGGCAGCCAGGCAGACUGGAUGUGUCUCCUGGCAAACACCAGCGAAGGACCCCCCCAUCGAAAUAAAUCUCUCAUAUGUCURCCGAUGAAUCUACCUGGCAUUCAUGUUGCYAAAAAGAUAGACAAACUGGGUAUGAGGUCAUCGGACACAGCUCAGAUCUUUUUUGAAAACGUAAGGGUCCCCUGCACAAACCUCAUCRGCGAGGAAGGAAAGGGUUUUACAUACCAGAUGUUGCAAUUCCAAGAAGAGCGGCUGUGGGCAGUAGCCUCUGCCCUGAAACCACUGGAAACAGUAAUACAAGAAACUAUUGACUACACCCGCCAGCGGAAGGUGUUUGGCCAGCCUGUCCUGCACAACCAAAYCGUGCAUUUCCGCCUGGCCGAGAUGGCCACUGAAGUGGAGCUGCUGCGCUCGCUGCUGCACCGUGCCGUGGGUCUCUAUAUAGAAGGCAAUGAUGUGACAAAAUUUGCUUCCAUGGCUAAGCUGAAGGCAGGUCGUCUGACCCGCGAAGUGACUGACAGCUGUCUCCAGUUUUGGGGAGGAAUGGGAUUCACCAGUGAAGUUCUGGUGAGCAGGUUUUACAGAGACUUGCGAUUGAUAUCAAUAGGAGGUGGCACAGAUGAGACCAUGCUUUCCAUCAUAUGCAAAUACAUGGAAAUACUUCCAAGAAAGUGACGCAUUUCCACUCUUCCUUGAAAAUUAAGAAAGCGACAGCAUGACUUGUACUGCACACUGAAGGUGACACGCAGCCAGUACGUUUCAAGAAGAAAACAGAUCACUAAUUUGCCAUCAAAAUGCACAUCAAGGUCUUUCACCAUUACCAUUCUGUGUUCUCCAGUGCCAAUUUUUUGUUGAUAUGAAACACUCUGAAAAGUUGCAGCCUCCUGCAUUCCAUUGUUUCAGUGGGCUACUUAGGUUUUCCAAUGACCCAUGCUAAGCAUACAGAAAAAAUGAGUUCUUUAAUCAAGCUUUACCUACACUUUAGAGAAUCUAAAGCUGCUAAUUAAGAAACAGAACUUCCAUAUGAAUACAGCUAUGAUUUCAUAAGCAGCUUAAUCUAAGUUCAGUACACAGCUUUGCUUUCAAGAUCAAUAAUUAAGGCACAAAUGACUCCCUGCCACAACCAAACCCAAGAACAGUGCCUUUCCUCUCAAUUACAGGUACCUUCCCUCUUUCACUUUUAGCAAGCAAUCAUCAAAGUGAGCUGUCCUCUUUACCAAAUCCAUAUCAAUUUGUACUACACACUGUCAUAGAUUUUUGGUGAUGGGAAUAGACUUUGGUUUUUGCUACAGAAUUCUGCAAACAACUGUUUAAUUGUGUCUGAAGCUUUUGGAGGCCUGAACUUCAGCAGCAAUGUACCAUCUUUUGUGCUUAAUUAUUAAAGAAAAAUAUUAAAAAUAAACAUGUUAAUAUGAAAGCUGUGCAUAAUUACUUGAACUUAC